AUGAACAGGAGCCAAACUGCGAUGGAAGAAUUCGUAUGCGCUGGUGCUUUAAAUGAGCCUAAAAUAGGUAUUUGCAUUUAUUUGAGACCACAAACUGAUACUCGUUCGAGCCAUUUAAAUGCAACUCGGGCAUGUGCUCAUUUAAGCAUCAGGAGUAGCAAUAUAGCUACUGAUGUAGCACUGGCCAGAGAAGAGGAUGAAACUGAUGCCAAACUUCUAGUGUUCUCGUUGGCUACGGGGGUGGAACCACUUAGGUUUCCUGAUGGCUCUCUACUCACAGCAAUUGAUGCGGAGGACGCCGUUGUGACCGGAGGUAUAAAUGAUGUGGUUGAAGGUCUUGAUAGAGAUGUACUUUGUGCACUCGGUGGAGCAGGUCCAGAAGUUGUAGGAUCGAUUGCUGGCACUACAUUCGUAGACUGUUCAAGAUUGGUAUCAAGCCAUUCACUCUCAGACUCCGCAGUCGAUAUAGGCUCGCCAAUCGACUCGGUAUUGUCGGCCGAUUCGAUAUCACUUAUCUGCACCGAAGAGGCCGCGACAGCGGGGUCAGAAGAUCCUUCAGUGAAUGGUGCUCUGAAGUAA